AUGACAGCAACGAUUAGAAGGAAGUUGAGGCAUGACAUCAAUCCCAACAAGGCAAUGUUGCCCGCUGUUCUCACCGUGGCCGGAUCUGAUUGUUCAGGAGGAGCAGGAAUAGAAGCCGAUUUAAAGACGUUGGCAGCUCAUAAAGUAUAUGGCUUAACGUGCAUUACGGCAUUGACGGCCCAGAACACCACGGGCGUAGGGUCAUUCAUCGAAACCCCGAGAGAUCAUUUGUUCAAGAUGUUUGAGAUGAACUUUGAAGACUUUGUAGAAGGUUAUGAGAGUCCCCCAUUGAAGGUGCUCAAAACAGGUAUGCUUACCGAGGCGGGAGUUGCUGUUGUCACCGAGAAGAUAUCGGUUUUAAAAUCCAAGGGAAUCAAACUUGUGGUGGACCCUGUUAUGGUAAGCACUUCCGGAUGCAAACUCAGUGAAGACAAGACCAUAGUUAACUGCAUUAGGGAGCUUUUACCCGAGAGUGAUCUUGUGACUCCCAAUUACAAGGAAGCCGUUAAAUUGCUUAGGAUUGUAUCGGAGCUAGGAAAGAAGGAAGAAACAUUUAUAGAGCCCAAGAUUACCCUGGUUGAUGAUUUUGUGCAGUUUGUCAUCCAGCUUCAACGACAAUUAAAGUGUAAGAAUCUUCUAGUCAAAGGAGGGCACAUACCUUGGGAUACAAUUGCAGACUGUCCGUACUCUGGACCGGCAGAGGACAUUCCGGAGUCACGUACUGACACUAUAUCGAUGCUUGAUAUCUUAUACGAAUCUGAGUCUGAUACGGUAACCGUUUACGAGUCCAGAUACAUUAAUACCAAAGAUAGUCAUGGGACUGGAUGUACAUUAGCUUCAGCCAUAGCUGCCAACUUAGCGCUUGGGAAUACCAUUCCAGAUUCAGUAGGCUGUGCAGUUGAUUAUGUUCAUCAAGGAAUGAACUCCAUCAGACCCCAUUUGGGCCAUGGCAAUGGACCAAUCAACCAUAAUGUUACGCCGGAAACGGUUUCACCGGAAAAGGUAGUAAAUAACGAGGUUACGCCUGAAACGGCAUUAAAUCCCCCGGUAACCGGCCCUUCAGUGCUUGACUACUUCAUUAACCACCCUAAAGUCGCAGCCAUUUGGAAACAGUAUACCAACCACAGAUUCCUCCACCAGUUGGCUAGGAACCAAUUGGACUAUAACCGGUUUAUCUACUUCCUCAAACAAGACUACCAUUACUUGAUCAACUACGCUCAAGUACAUGCCCAUGCAGCAGCAGUAGCCCCCACUUACGAACAGACUCAUGCCCAUGCCCUUAUAAUAGGUGAUAUAGUUCAAGAGAUUGAACGACACAAGGAAAAGCUCUGCCACAAGUACGACAUUGUCUACGAACGAGACAUGGAUCUUGAUAUAGAGUUGAAGAAGGGUAAAGCUUGCGAAGCAUAUUGCAAUUACCUUCUAGACAUCGCUGGUACGGGCGACUUUGUGGCCAUCAAAGUGGCCCUAGCACCUUGUCUUCAUGGCUACAGAUACGGAGGUGAGUAUGCAAAACAUAUAAGAAACGGAGUUAAGAGCACCACUAAUGACGAGUGGAAGGUCACAGAAUUGGAGGCUAAAGUCUAUGGCGAUUGGAUAGAUGACUACAACUCUGAAUGGUAUCAUAAGGCUCAUUUGGAAGGUAUGAAGUCAUUGGAUGUACUUGUUAGUGCCUCAGAGACAAGCGAAGCCAGGCUUGAGUACUUAGCAGGGAUCUUUAGCGAUGUUUCAUUGCUAGAGGUUGCCUUCUGGGACGAAGUAAUAAAGGAAUAA